AUGAACAAUAUCUCAAAAACAGUACCACGGGAGCAGUGGCAGGUGUGCCUACGCCUUGGAUACGGUUUUAGAAACACACCCCCAUCGCGAUACGCACGGGAUGCCACAGCUGGAACACGGGUGGCUUUGGGUUCGCCGGGAGCGUGCCUCUCUCAUGCUUCUAGCCCUACACACUUACGAACAAAGAGUUUGGAUCACGCAGGUACGUGUCAAAUUAGGCACACAACAAUAUUCCAGAAAUUCAAGUUUGAUGCCCUAUCUCAGUCCUCCUUUUCAAGCACCAAGGGCUCACUAACAACAGCCGGACGAAAUUAG